UAGCAAAGUUCAUAGGUGGAAACAAAGAUUCUAGACUUCUUAGGCUAUUGACUUACCACCCUGACCUCUAUUGGAAGUGUAAAUCUUAUGGGAAUUGACAGUUCGAGCUUCAGUGUUGAUUGCGAGGAGAGGGAGAAUGUCGGAAAUAGACGAUACGGCUGUUUUGGACGUGUCAUCCGAAUGCAAGUCCUUAAUGUUGCAGAGGCAGUGUAGCAGGGAUACAGAUGUCAUGUCUAAUUACAGUACUUCAUUGGAUGAUUCCGUGGUUGCUUCCCCAUCAGUUGAGAGCUUUUCAACGCUGCCAGACCAGGAAUUGUCAGAGUUUGGUGUUGAUACAAGGGAUUUGGUGGUGAAAGUUGAUAAUCCACAGAAGCACCUUGACACACUGGAAACAUACAUAACAUUUCGUAUUACAACAAAGACGACGCGAACCGAGUACGAGGAAACUGAAUACGUAGUUAGGAGGAGGUACAAUGAUUUCGUUUGGCUUCGUCUGAAACUGGUUGAAGCGUUUCCAACUCAUCUAAUUCCACCCCUUCCAGCUAAACACACCUUAAUAGCUCAGUUGGAUCGGUACUCAAAAGAGUUCAUUAUAGCAAGAAUGGCUCUUCUCCAUCGCUUUCUUAAUAGAAUUGCAAGUCAUCCUGUUCUGAGCUGUAACUUGAGUCUCAAAAUAUUUCUGACUGCAAAACCAUCAGAAUUUUCAAUACACCGUAAAUGCCGACUCAGUCUUCUUGGAAGAGUGUCAAACUCUUUGCAGAACUUGGCUUCAGUGUACAUGAUGCAUCAGAAGAAUUCAGAGUUUGACCGUAUUAGGGACUAUUUGACAUCACUUGGAGAAAAACUUACAAAUAUAGACAAAAUAGCACAAAGGAUUCAAAAGGAAAGACAAGAAUAUUUAUAUGAGAUGCACCAGAUGCACCCUAUAUUUACCUUGUGGUCUGCAUCUGAGCCAGAACUUAGUCCAGUAUUGCUUGCUUUGGCAAGUGCUGUUGAACAUAAUUCUCGUUCGCUGCAUAAUGUUCUUGCUGCUGCUAACCCGAGCUUUGUACAGCCAUUGAAGGAGUAUCUGCUAUACAUUCAAGCAGUGAAAGAAGCCCUGCAACGCCGAGAUGCCUUUGAAAUAGAGUAUGAGUUGGCAGUGGAUGAGCUUAAGAAAAAAAGAGCAGAAAAGGAACAGCUGAUGGCUAUGGAGCAACAGGUUCCAAUGAAUUCUGGAGGGAACUUCAGUCUUGGAGGAGGCUCACUGUGGAGAAGUUCUGGUGAAGCAAGAGAGGAAAAAAUACAAAAAUUAGGUGCUUCUAUACCACAACUAAUCAAGCAAGUAGAGGAAAAUCAAGACAAAGUUGAAUGUGCAAAUGAAGAUCUGAGAGCUGAUUUGGAGCGUUGGAACCACGAGAAAAAAGAAGAUCUGAAGAAAAUAUUUCUUGCACUUGCAAAUCAGCAGAUUAAAUAUUAUGAGCAGUGCCUUGGUGCAUGGGAGGAGGUCCUUCCAGAAAUUAGGGGUUGCAGUGAAACCUCACAACAUAGCAAACCUCUUCAGGUGUCUAGCUAGUUUAGUCCAUAGCCAUUACGCUAUUUUAAAAACACACACACACACACACACACACACACACACACACACACACACACACAGAGAGAGAGAGAGAGAGAGAGAGAGAGAGAGAGAGAGAGAGAGAGAGAGCAAGUGAUAUUGUGUUGUGGAAAGCUUUAGUCUUUUUCAUUGUAGAAUAGUGAUGGAGUGCAAUAAUUAUUUCUAUUUUAUUUCUGAGUCUGUAAAACUGAAUCUUGUUUAUCAUCUGCAUAUGGUUGUGAUAUGGUCAUUAUAAGUGAGUUACAUUUAAUUGAAUUGUUACUAGACUAAUAGACUUUGUAGCUAAAUUAUUGAUUUGUUUCUUUUUUUUUAGUUUAAAGUAUAUGAAUGGUGAUUGUGAGAUGAUGAUGAAAUUUUAUUGUGAAUUAUUCUACAAUUGUCAUUUGUUGUUUUUUUGGUUGCUUAAUUUGUCAUAAUUAUGUUACAUGGCUUAAUGGCUGGGUAUUUAGAAAAAUAGUGAAGCACCAUUUGGAUAGGACAGUGAUUUCCUGAAUUAAAAUGGACAAAUGGUUGCAUCUUGGAAUUAUUUUCAUUCUACACCUGUCUGUGAAAUUGUAAAUGGGAUUCCCUUUUAAAGUUUUCAAAUGUUUUAUCACCUUUUGUUAACUUGAUAGUGUAACACAGUGCUGCUUUUGAAUAAGUCUUGUAGGUUUUAAUGAGUGUGGUGGUUAAUAUGGCAUCAUUAACCAUACAUGCUGCCUAUGUUCUAGAAUGUAUUUACUUUUUCUGUGUAAACCUUUGAGUACAUGACUUGGUCAUCAUUAAGAAAGUUUGUCAGUAGUAUGUUAUGAGUGAUUUUCCUUCAAGUGAUUUUUUAUUUUUUCAAACCUUUUGUUGGUAGUUUCCCCAUUAUUUGGAUGGUUGCCGAAGUUCUAAAACACACACACACACACACACACACACACACACACACACACACACACACAAAUUCAGUAAACCGUAUUUUCAUACUGUUCAGUGUGCAGAAUUUAUACCAUGAAACUUGAGUUGUUCACUGCCUAGGGUUUAUUCUUCAGCACUUUGGUACCAGUGUUUCAGUGGUUUUUAUCUUUAAAAGGCUGGCAUCACGUAGCCAUGAAAACGUACCAUUCUGUGUACUUACUUACUGAUAAUCAGUUUCAACCAAUAGACCAUCUUAGUCACAUCUGUCACUCGAUGAUCGUUUGACUGAAAUUAGUUGUCCAUAAAUACACACACCUUACAACAGCAUUUGGUGGUUUUGUGAUGCCAUUAUCUAAAUACGUUGUUGCUGUGCAGUACUGUUUACAUAAAAUGUUUUGGUUAUUUUAUCAUUCUAUGAUAUUAUAUUGUCUACAUUUUAUACGUAGUCCAAAUACCCACCCUGCUUUAGCUUCAGAGCGCAAAUCAUUUUAGAUUGUUGUACAACUAGCUACAAGGAUUUGUUAAUGUCUUUGUGUGUUGUCAUGUUAAAGUGGUAGCUUAGUUCAUUUCAUUGUCAUUGUCAUGUUCAUUAAGGUUUUCAUAAGUUGUGGUCAGAUAGUUAUUUCCAAAUUUGAAAAUUUGCAUGAUACGUGUGGAGAAUGAGAAAGUGAGCAUAUAAUUAUUAUUCAUAUAGAGUUAAGAUUUAAGAAAAAAAAUAUUCCUUGACUCAGGUAAUAAGUUAAACAAAAAUGUUGUUUGCUAUGUCUUUUUUCUCAAACAUAUAGUACCCAGUAAAGUAGAAUAUGCUUAUACUAAUUAAGGCCAAAGCAUCUUAAAAAUGUAAUUUUGUCUGUAUUGUUCCUGUAAAGUAAUGAUUGCAUCACUGUGCAGUGCUGCCAUUGUGGAAAGUGCAAUUACUAGUUCCAGUCUUAUUUAGCGUUUGGUCUGGUACCAGGCAAUUAAGGCAUCUAAUAGAACAAGUAUUCAUAUAGCUUAUUUUCCGGUCUGUAGAGAUUGUUAUUACAGUAAGAACAAGGCAAAUUUAAUAAAUAUUCAGAUGUGUAAAGAACAUGUACAGCCCUUAUUUCAGCAGUCUCAAUAUGGUUCUAAGUAUUCAGAAGGUCUGUACAUACUAUUAAAUGCUUAGCAUUCCUAUCUGACAAUCAUUAUAAUUAGCACAAUGAAGUAUAGUUUAUUAGAUUCGAGACAAAAUAAGCCAACCCUACAUGUAGUGUGGAUGAAGAUGGAUCUACUGAAAUACUCAAAAGUACAAAAUGUGAAUUAAUGAAGCAUGGUACGUACAGCAUUCAACAUAGUUUGAAGUUUCAUAAUUCAUUUACAUUUACAUUUGUGUGUGUGUGUGUGUGUGUGUGUGUGUGUGUGUGUGUGUGUGUGUGUGUGUGUGAGAGAGAGAGAGAGAGAGAGAGAGAGAGAGAGAGAUUACAAAUCGUCAUAUAAAUACUACGUGGAUUCAUAAUGGAAUAUUGAUGAGAAUAUUGCUGACCCCCAUUAUAGUACAAUUUUGCUAUAGUAAUGACACUUGCUGCACAUUUUCUCUGGUUGGUGUUGCCUCAUUCAGAUUUUAAUUCACCUUUUCACUUUAACUCACUGUUAAACAGCAAAUUACUAUUAUGCUGUUUUAGAUGACCAUGAAGUCAGAGGCAAAGAUCAUAAAUGUAGUUAUUGUUAUGGAAGACCAUGUGAAUACUAUAUGAUGUGUGUUGAUUGUGCAGUAUUGUCCACAUGAUCUAUUCCAGUGUCAUUGGAAGAACGUGCUUUACUAUGUCAUAUCUGUAGUUUUUUGUAUCAGACUCCCCGUAAUUUUCUUUGAACUGUAAAUUAAAGUAAUUUUAUCUACAUUGUGUUACUAUAAGUCAAAAGUCAAGUACUCUUCUGGAAGUUCGUGUGAUAGGUAAAAGCACAUGGGAGAGUAAACAAUAAAUUUAAAAAAUUCACAAGCUCUAACUUUUAAUGGUAUUUUCCAGCAUAUUUUCUAGCAUUAUAAAAGUUGAAGUAUAGUAAUAUACAGUAUUACUCUGUUCUAAAUGAUAUUAACGUUUUGACACACACACACACACACACACACACACACACACACACACACACACACACACACAGUCAGUGAUCCCCUUAAAUAUUUUACUUAAAAUAUAGGCAAGACUAAUUGGUCUAUAGGUUUUGCUGUCAUCCAUUGUUCCCUUUUUCUUGUUCCCAGUAUUACCACCACUCCAUUCCAGAAAUCCGGGAGCAGACUAUUAUUUAUACAAUGGUAUGAUAGGUAUCUUAUGUAAAGCACAGUGCUCUAACCAUGUUCUCUCUCUCUCUCUCUCUCUCUCUCUCUCUCUCUCUCUCUCUUUCUUGAUGAGUUAGAUUCAGGUUUAUGAUUCUGUCUCCACAAAAUGUUACUAAUUUGAAAAUAUGUGUGGCAAAGGGAAGAGAGUAAUUUAUUUUCAUAAUAACUGUUACACAGGUCACCUACCAGACUAAAGGUAUCUAUUUUGUUUUGGAAGUUGGCUGAUGUGGUUACUGUUGGGUUUGUUGUGCUACCUCAUGAAUAACCCUGCAUAAAGAUGCUAUAACACUGUUAAUGGAAACAUAAAAGAUGAAAUUUGUUGCAUCAUGAGAUUUUGGAAAUUGUGGAGUUGUUAUUGUGGAUUAAAGACAAAGUAGGAGAAAUGAAGACAAAAGAGAGAAAAGCUGUCUAGGGCAAAAAGAAAGUAAUUUUGAUGCA